CAAUGCCUUCUCAGUGGUAAUGACACCAUCUCCAACAUGGUGGGCUACAGUUUCUUCAACAUCCUGAAGCUCCGCUGCUUUGAGCUGAUCCAAAGGAGGCAAUGCACACAGUACAACUGGUUUGGAUUGUGCACAAUGGUCCAGACUGCACCUGUGGCAGUAUUGAAAGAUUCAACACCGUACAAUUCUACCAGUCUGACUAAUGAGAACAGCGGCACCAUUGACCUUUCAUGCAAUGAAGUGCCAAUCAAACGGUCACAAAGUGGCAAACAAAGAACCUCUAAACCGAAACGAAUUCAAUUUGCAAAGGAUCGAAAAACCUGCGCUCCAGUGGACUAUGCAAAAGGGGAAACGUUUCAGCUAAGUCAAAAGUUGGUGAGCCAAAUUGAAAAAAGGAAUAAACUACAAACAAAUGGAAAUGGAAAAGGAAGAAAGAAGUCACUCGUUUCCCAAAGGAAUGCAUCCAGAGAAGAAAAGAAAAUGGUAACUCAGAAGUUCAAAAUGGAAACUACUCUUCAAAGCACCCACAGAACCCCAAAAGCAAGUGUCACUCACUCCCCCUCAACCUCAUCUAAAACGAAAUUACUUACGGGCACUCGGUCCAAACAAAUGUCCAUAGCUAAAUCAGAAGCAAGGACACUUCAAAAUAAGAGAAAAAGAGGAAAAAAGAAAAAGCCCCACAAGGAAAAACGAAUUCAAACCCCGAAACCAUGAUGAGUUAAGAGACAAUUCUUUAAUGCAUGAACAGACUGAAAAGUGUGCAUUAAAUGUGCAUUAAGUGUCAGAAGGUCACAAUUAUCAAGUGAGAUCAUUGCUCUUUUAUACACAGUCUGUAGUGACUUUUACAAUGUAGUUUAAGCAGGUGCCAAUUAAUAAAACAAUACUAAGCAAUGAUACUUAAUGUUUUUAAAUGUAUAUAUUUACCAACAAACUCAGUAUAUGCACAUACACUUAUCUGCAUGUUCUAAUGCUGUUAUUAAUAAAAAGCAAAUGACUCAAUGAAUUGCAAUAGCUUCUGUAUUAUAAUUUGGACUUAUUUUACAAAUUAAAUGUAAUAUAUAUAUAAUUU